UGGACCUCUCUCCCGUUAACCUCGCCAUCAUUUCCAUUUAACAUUUUUCUUCUUAAUUAAUUAAAUAAUUAUUAAUCGUGAACCGCUCCUAUUCUCCACCGCUCCUAUUCUCCAAUCUCCGCGCGCCACAUCACCCGAUAUUUCCGCUAAACAAGGAAUGCACUGAUGUGGCAAGAUCAGGGAAGCUUGAUUACUGUUACCGACCAAAACGGUGUCGCAGAUGAUUGUUGCUCCUCCAUUGCAUGAUUGAACUCGCUGAUUAAAUUUUGGCUGGGCUUCAAUUUCACGCAAGAACUUCAGCACACAAGACUAUUAAAGACUUGACGAGAUCUACUGAACACUGAUCUACGCCUUCCUUCUUCGCUGAUUGAACGAACUUGUGCCUCUGGAAAUUGAACUCUGUAGUUCUUUAGAGAGAGAGAGAGAGAGGUUGAGAGUGGUAAUGGCGAGUGGAGGGUACGGAGAUCCAAGCCAGAAGAUAGACUAUGUGUUUAAGGUGGUGCUGAUUGGGGAUUCGGCGGUGGGGAAAUCGCAAAUACUAGCGCGAUUUGCGAGGAAUGAGUUCAGCUUAGACUCUAAGGCUACUAUCGGAGUCGAGUUCCAGACUAGAACCUUGGUAAUCCAGCACAAGAGCAUUAAGGCCCAGAUCUGGGAUACUGCUGGCCAAGAACGGUAUAGAGCAGUCACAAGUGCAUACUAUAGGGGUGCUGUAGGAGCAAUGCUGGUGUAUGACAUAACCAAACGUCAAACCUUUGAUCACAUACCCCGCUGGCUGGAAGAAUUGCGUAGCCAUGCUGACAAGAACAUAGUUAUAAUUCUGAUUGGGAACAAAUGUGAUCUUGAGAACCAGAGGGUGGUCUCCACUGAAGAUGCUAAGGAAUUUGCCCAGAAGGAAGGAUUGUUCUUCUUAGAGACAUCUGCAUUGGAAGCGACUAAUGUCGAGAAUGCAUUCUUGACUGUGUUGACAGAGAUCUUUAAUAUUGUAAACAAGAAGACUCUAACUGCUGGUGAAAAUCAAACUAAUGGUAACCCUGCAUCCCUGGGGGGCAAGAAAAUCAUCAUUCCAGGCCCCGGACAAGAAAUUCCAGCAAAAAGUAAGAUGUGUUGUAGCUCAUUGUAAUUUGACAAUACAGGUUUCAAAUUAUGUGGCUUUCUGUUUUGUGCUUCUAAUAGCAAUUUUUGAGAGGUGUGUUGUGCUUUGUUGUAAAUUUUUCAUUGCUUUAGUUUGGUUUGCAUGAGCAGCUGAUUAAUUGUUUCAAAUGGAGCUGAAUUGCAUGUCAUCUUGUAAUGGGUUUCUCGGUUGCAUUAUGUUUGUCAAUGGACGAAGUUGGAAGUCAGUCGAAUUUGAAAGGAAA